AUGGCUACACCGUCCGAGACCGAAUCAACCAUAGAAGAAGCUCUGGAACAAACACAUUUUGGAAAAUUUAACUAUCUUAUCAUAUUGUUUACGGGACUUACUUUUCAAAAUGUGGUCUUCGAGUGUAUGAGUCUAAGUUUUGCUCUUCCACUUUUAGAAUGCGAACUAGUAUUGAGUCAUAAUAAAAGAGGAAUUUUGUGUGCAAUAUGCUUUAUUGGAAUGAUAGUUUGUUCACACUUUUGGGGCUUUAUGGCGGAUACAAUGGGUCGUAAAUCUAUUAUGCGGCCAGCAUUAUUUGUUGGAUUUGCAAUUACAACUGUUUCAUCGUUUUCACCCAAUUUCGAAUCAUUAAUGGUAUUGAGAUUUUUAACUGGGUGUGCGUUAGCAGCACCUGCAUCUAUAGCUUAUUCCUAUCUAGGAGAGUUCCAUGAUCAAAAGUAUCGUAAUCGUGCAAUACUAUCAGCUUCAUUCAUCACUGCAUUUCUUGUGAUAUUUUUUCCGAUCUACGCUUGGGCCUUCAUCAAUAUGAAAUGGAAAAUAUAUAUACCGAUAUUAAAUAUUAUGUAUAAACCUUGGCGUUUAUAUAUAAUGGUAUGCGGUUUCACGGGCUUAAUGUGCGGUAUUGGAUUAACUUUUUUACCCGAAAGUCCCAAAUAUCUUUUAGCUAAGGGAAAACCAGAAAACGCUAUCGAAGUUUUAAAAUAUAUGCAUCAUGUAAAUACGAAACAUUUUAAAGCUUUGAGUAAAGUUGAGUUUAAGAUACAUACUUCUGUCUGCAUUCAACAUCUGGAGAUAUCCACUUUUCAUCACAGCAUUGCAUUAGAAACAAUAGCCGCCAUAUUGCUUUUAAUAAACAGUUAUGCGAUUGGAAAACUUGGAAGUAAAACAAUACUAUGUAAGUUCUUUCAGAGGGAAAAGGGUUUAACUAGAUAA